GUAACAGAGAGCCAGAGAGAGAGAUAUGAAAAGUGUACGAAACUACCAUUAUCCUUACACCUUCGUCAUCUUCCUCUUCAUAUUGUUUCCAGCCUUCGGUGUCUCUGCCAACAACACUAUGUCGGCUACAGAAUCUCUCACAAUCUCAAGCAACAAAACCAUCAUGUCUCGUAACGAAACCUUCGAGCUCGGUUUCUUCACUCCAGGGUCAACCUCUCGUUGGUAUCUCGGGAUAUGGUACAAGAAAAUCUCAACCAAAACCUACGUAUGGGUUGCAAACAGAGACAACCCUCUAACUCAUCCCAACGGAUCUCUCAAAAUAUCAGACAAUAAUAACAACCUCGUUAUUUUGGAUCAUCACUCCGACACACCUGUUUGGUCAACGAACCUAACGGAAGGAGGAAAUGUGAGGUUUCUUGAGCUUCUUGAUAACGGUAAUCUCGUGCUCAGAGACUACUCCAACAACAACGAUCCAGAAGGGUUCUUGUGGCAGAGUUUCGAUUUUCCGACAGAUACUUUACUUCCGGAGAUGAAGUUGGGUUGGGAUCUUAAAAGCGGAAAGAACAGAUACUUGAGAUCCAAGAAAACCCCAGAUGAUCCAUCAAGCGGGGAUUUCUCGACUAAAUUCGAAACCAGAGGGCUCCCAGAGGUUUACCUAUACAACAAAGAGUCUAUAGUGUUCCGGAGCGGUCCAUGGGAUGGAAUCCGGUUUAGCGGCAUACCGGAGGUAAGAUCAGUCGAUUACCUAGUUUCAAAUUUUUCAACGACCGAUGAAGAAAUAACUUACUCAUACCAAAUCACAAAACCCAACGUUUACUCCAUGCUAACCCUAUCCCCCACUGGACUAUUACAACGAUCAACUUGGGUUGAGAGCUUACAGAGUUGGAAACCAUUAUGGUACUCACCAAAGGACAUAUGCAAUAACUACAAACAGUGUGGGAGUUACGGUUAUUGCAACUCCAACGCCUCACCAGUUUGUAACUGUAUCAAAGGCUUUGGGCCAAGAAAUGAGCAAGUGACGGAUCUGAGAGAUGAUUUCGAUGGUUGCGUGAGGAAGACGAAGCUGAGCUGUGACGGUGGUACUGAUGGGUUCGUGCGGUUAAAGAAAAUGAAGUUGCCGGAUACUAGAGAGACAGUGGUGGACAGGGGGAUUGGGAUAAAAGAGUGUGAAGCACGUUGUAAGAAAAAUUGUAAUUGUACGGCGUUUGCUAAUACGGAUAUUCGUAACGGUGGAUCUGGAUGUGUCAUUUGGAUUGGAGAUCUUUUGGAUAUCAGAAACUUUGCUAAGGGAGGUCAGGAUCUCUACAUUAGACUAGCAGCUGCUGAUCUCGAUGACAAGAUAAACAACACGGGAAAAAUCAUAGGUUCGAGUAUUGGAGUGAGCACUUUGCUUCUAUUAAGUAUCGUCAUCUUCCAGUUUUGGACAAGAAAACAGAAGAGAGCUAGAGCAAUACAAACACCUACUGUUGAACAAGUGAGAAGCGAAGAUUCGCUAACGAACGAAGUGAUAGUAACAAGCAAGAGUUACAUAUCAAGAAAAAACAAGACAGAGGAUCUAGAACUUCCAUUGAUGGAGUUUGAUGCUGUUGCCAUUGCAACUAACAAUUUUUCUGACGCCAACAAGCUUGGAAAAGGUGGUUUCGGUAUUGUUUACAAGGGAAUGUUACCUGAUGGGAAAGAAAUCGCGGUAAAAAGACUUUCGAAAAAGUCUUUACAAGGAACUAGUGAGUUCAAGAAUGAGGUUAGACUAAUUGCAAGGCUUCAGCACAUAAACCUGGUCAGGCUUCUUGGUUGUUGCGUCGAUAAAGGCGAGAAGAUGUUGAUAUAUGAGUACUUGGAGAAUCUAAGCCUUGAUUCUCAUCUCUUUGACAAAAACCGACGAUCUACCUUAAAUUGGCAAAAGAGAUUUGAGAUUACCAAUGGUAUUGCUAGAGGACUUCUUUAUCUUCACCAAGAUUCACGGUUUAGGAUUAUCCAUAGAGACUUGAAAGCAAGUAACGUCUUGCUUGAUAAAAACAUGACUCCGAAGAUCUCGGAUUUCGGGAUGGCAAGGAUCUUUGGUCGGGAUGAGACAGAAGCUAACACAAGGAAGGUGGUUGGAACUUACGGUUACAUGUCUCCAGAAUAUGCAAUGGAUGGGAUAUUCUCAAUGAAGUCGGAUGUUUUCAGCUUCGGGGUCUUGCUUCUUGAGAUUAUAAGUGGCAAGAAGAAUAAUGGAUUCUACAACUCAAAUCGUGACCUUAAUCUCCUCGGUUUUGUGUGGAGGAAUUGGAAGGAAGGACAUUGGCAAGAGAUCAUAGAUCCCAUUAUCAAAGAAUCUUCAUCAUCAACGUUCCAGACACAUGAAAUCUUAAGAUGCAUACAAAUUGGUCUCUUGUGUGUUCAAGAACGUGCUGAAGACAGACCAGUAAUGUCGUCGGUUAUGGUGAUGCUUGGAAGCGAAACUACAGCUAUUCCUCAGCCUAAACGUCCUGGUUAUUGUGUUGGAAGAAAUCUCCUUGAGGUUGAAUCGUCGUCAAGUACACAGCGCGAUGAUGAAUUGACUGUGAACCAAAUCACUCUCUCAGUCAUUGACGCCCGGUAGUGUGAACGUUACCUAGACAAUCUGUUUAUAUGCAUACCAGUUGCUAUUUCUCUCUGUAAUACUUUUUUUUUUGAAAAAAUUCUCCGUAAUACUUAAUAGCGCAA